AUGCCUUCCAAGAUCUGCCACACCAGCUCCAUCCCCAACCCGAGCCAAAUCCUCAAAAACAACAAAGACUGGCCAAAAUGGAACCUAGAAACCCACCAAACCCUCAAAAAGCGCAACUUCACCCGACUCCUCAAAGAUAUCAACAAACCACCACCCUCAUCCGAUGAUCCAACCCCGCUACAAAGAUGGAACCACUCCCAAAAAACCGCCUGCGCAAUCGUCAUCAGCAAACUAACCCCAACAAUCGCAAAAGCAAUGCACCCCCAUAAAACCCUCGAAACCCUUCUCCAAGCCGUGAACAACUACACAAAACCCACAGCCAGCGAAGCCCUCGAAAUGCUCUGCUCUCUUUGGACCAGACUUUCCACCCUCCAUUCUUCGCGACAUGCGAGUAUCACCGACUACUGCGCCGAAGCUCGGGAUAUUGAAAUGCAGUAUCGCCGGCUUGGAACGGGAAUUUCUGACGCUAUUCUGUCAUGCGCGUUUAUUGCGGGUCUUCCGUUGGAUUGGCAGGAGUGGAAGAUUCGACGAACUCAGAAUGCAACGGUUUUGGUUCCGUGGGAUGAUUGUUCGAGUUCGACGUUUUCGUUUGAGAAUCUGGUGCUUGAUGCGUUGGAAGAAGAGGUUCGAAAUCUCAAUCUCUUCUUGCAACACCACUCCCGCAAAUAA